UAAAAUUACAAUUAUUGAACCACUCUCUUCUCGAUUUCAACUUGAAUCACUACUCAUAGGAGAGAAAGGAAUCGACUUUACUCACUCUCUGCAUCGUAUCUCGAUUCCCUGAGAAGGUUGAUCGCAUUUGAGUCUUGAAGACCUGAAAAGGAACUGAUCACAUUGGUUUCAGUUUGUUACUUCUGCAGAGGGUCCUUUUGCACUUAUUAUUCUCCAUGGGAAGUAAUGAGAAUCUACCACCAAAUGUUAUCAGACAGCUCGCCAAGGAACUGAAGAGUCUUGACGAAUCUCCUCCUGAAGGCAUCAAGGUUGUGGUCAAUGACGAGGAUUUCUCACAGAUAUGUGCUGACAUUGAAGGACCAGUUGGGACUCCUUAUGAGAAUGGACUUUUUCGUAUGAAGUUAGCACUGUCCCAUGAUUUUCCGCAUUCCCCACCUAAAGGCUACUUCAUGACAAAGAUAUUCCAUCCUAAUAUUGCUUCUAAUGGAGAGAUCUGCGUUAACACGCUUAAGAAAGAUUGGAACCCUAGUCUUGGAUUAAGACAUGUCCUCUCUGUUGUUAGGUGCUUACUAAUCGAGCCGUUUCCAGAAUCUGCAUUAAACGAACAGGCUGGAAAGAUGCUACUCGAGAACUAUGAAGAGUAUGCUAGGCAUGCUCGGCUUUACACGAGUAUCCAUGCUAAACCGAAACCUAAGUUCAAGACAGGAGCUAUCUCAGAGUCAACAACGGCUCUAAAUGUUGGUCAGACUAACAACGAGACUCCUAGUGCUGCUUCUGCAAUACCCUCCUCAGUGGCAGACAUCAACAGAGUAACAACGAGUGGCCAAGGCCAACAAGAAGUAGCUAACAUUCCUGUAGCAGCAGCCACUGCUGGUUCUGCAAGUGUGGUAACUACAACACAGAAAAGGGAAGCAAGUUUGGCCAAGGUUCAGGCAGACAAGAAGAAGGUAGACGCAAGAAAGAAGAGCUUGAAGAGACUAUGAUGAUGCUAUUUCUCACUCAUUGUAUCAAACGCUCUUGAAACCUAAAAUGUUGUUUUGUUUUUACUUGUCUGAAGAUUUCUCAUUCUGGGAGAUAAUUAUGUUUUGCCAAUGAAGCCAAAUAAUAAACAUUUUGGUGUUCUAGUCCCUACAACUUCGAUCUUUGGAUAUGACAAUGGACACA